AGGCGCGACGCCUGCUACGCCACUCGUCCCGUGACCCCGGCAGGCCGAGUUCUCCCCGCUCGUCGUGGGUGCGUCGCCACGGUUCUUGUAGAAACGUCCGUUCUUCGAUUUCCGGCCGGACGACCUUCGACGAGGAGUGGCCCUCGGUUUUCUUUUUCGUCGAAAGAACCCACCUGCGCUUUCAGGUUCAGAGCCGACGAGCCGGUAAAGCGGCGCCAUGGCUCGCUGUCGCUACCUAGCGGUUCUCCUGUGCCUGGUCACGUGCACCGUCCUGGUCCUGUCGCAGGCGCCGCCUGCUGGCCACGCCCCGAACGACGACGCAGCGGAGGAGGGCCUCCGCUCACUGCAGCAACUGCAGUACGCCGCCGAUCCCAGGAGGUCUCCGGUGGAGCUAGGCCUGAUGGCCGCUGCGGCCGCGGGAGCGCUGCUGCUGCUGCCGCCGCCGUCGUGGGCGCAGGGAGGCGCCGCCGCCGAUCGCGCCGGCCUGGCGAGCCUCAGCGAGUUCGUCAUGACGCGCGUCGACAAAGGGCUCGAGAAGUUCCCCAGCAUCCCCAGCCUGGACCCGCAGGAAUGCAUGAAGCGCAGCGUGUGCGAGGCCCACAACCAGCCGAACAAGUACGGCCUCGUCGGACUGGCACUGCAGCUGCUCUACCCGCCGUACUCCGCGCCGGAGGAGCCCACCGCGGUGGUCUCCAAGUACCAGCUGGCCGCUCGCUACGGGCGCCAGGAGGACGCCGACUGCUCGCGCCAGUACGACGGCUGCAUCGUCUCUCCGCUCGAGAUCGUCCAAACCAUCGUGGGCUACUUCCUGCGGUAGCGGUGACGACCAGGCCUGCAAUUCCGGGAGCCGUGACGUCACGCUGAUGGGCCGACCACCGUCGACGGGUGUCGCGCAUGCAGAACGUCAAUCAUCGUCGGGCUUGGCGAUCGUGUAACGGGACUGCCUCGGGACUGCACUGUCAUCGCGAGCGAUGCAGUAAGAGAGCACUGUCACGCAGCUGCCGCCAAUUUCAGUCCUCGCAGGCCGUGAAGCGUUUACUCCGCAGCCAUUACGGGGCCUUUGGAGUCGGAUGUCCGAGCUGCGCAGAAGGCUGCGCAGUAGCCGAACCAAGGAAAGGGCGCGGUGCGUCUUAAGUGGGCGCCGUGCCUUUCACCGCAUGCGGGUGCUUUAAAAGAAGCGGUAGUUUCGGGUGUUGCGAAAUCGGAUUAACAUCCGGAGGACGCACGAGGGGACUUCCAAGAGGGCUUUUUCAGUUUAGGUAGUUACAGACGGGUGACUAUGCUCAUAUUGUUUGCAUAUGUUUUGCCAAUUUCAGACUCUUGUUCGUAGUAUGACCAAGUUGUGAAAACCAAACGUCAUCGGAGCUCAGCGCUUACGCGCACGGUCCGUAACCUAUUGUCUCCGGCAGUAGUGGGUUUCAGCAGAAUGGCUUCCGUCUACGGACAAAAACGUUGGCAGCUACAGAGCUUUGCAGGACGUGCGCUGUUUGCAAAACUUUACAAAACGGGAUGGGCUCCCGCUAUCCAUCUGACGAGUAAUUCACUUUGCACAAUGGGAAUGGCGCGCUUAACAAACGAGCGUCCCUUGCACAUAUUUUUUACACGUUUAUUCUAAGCGUGACGCAUAAAGACAAAGAUUAAAAUGUCAAACGGCAGUGACGGAUUAUUGCCGCCUCCAAAGCGUCGCUUUGACCAAGUAAAGCAAACACAUUAAACCUACAAUAGAAUCGGCCCCGAAAGAUAGUUGUGCUGUUUUUAAACCGUAAGAGAAAUUAGGUAAUUGCCCCCAUUUUUUUCCUUGGAGUACUGCGAAGGGGCGCAGCAGGCACCCGGCAGAACAUUACCUCCGACACUGCGCUCAGGGUGACCACGUGAGUGAUCCUGCGGCCCUGUAGCGUAAAACUAUUCCAAUCUGUUUUUAUUCCAAUCUCCUGACGUCAAGGUAACCGCCGACGCAAGCAUAGGACGGAAACCCGCCGCGUUGCCUGAACGGCCCAAUUAAACGCUCUCCUCGUUUAGAGGAGGUCCCUUUUAUUUGCUUUCAAAACGAAUAACAUUGCCUACAUUGAGCGAUUUUUGUUAACUGGCUGACAAGAGGGGAGGAGCACGCUCAAGUGGAGAGAUUGGAUGGAGCCGAGCCAACGCAGUGAAAAUCGAUAAUCGCAUGAGCAGGGUGGUGCCGGCGUCUGCGAUUGGUCCGCUUCCCCCUUAGCUUGCAGUGGCCGGUCAAAAAUCGCGACGGCCGUGCAACGAAAGUUUGAGAAUAAAACAGAUCCUCUGCAAUGAAGAGUUGGCAUGUCGCAUACGUGCCCAAAGGGCACGAUAUACUGCCACGUUUAUUAUAGGCAAAUAAAUCCAUGCUCUCCAGUAUAGGUGCUGGUGCCUGAGCGAUUGACGGGCAGCCAUCUUCUAUUCCUUUCGGAACGGGCCAAUCUCCAGCUUUCAGAGAAAAAUUCCGUUUUAUUCGGCAUAAUAAUGCAUCUUGGACGCCUACACGUCAUCUUGACGCGGUGAGUUUUCGCGGUUUUGUUGCGUGACAGAUAGGCGAAGUGGGCGCAGCCCAAAAUCUUUUGACCAAUAGCAGAGGGCUAAUGGCGAAAAAGCAUCGAAUCAGAAAUAAUUAUUUUUCUUUUGUUGGAUCUAUUCAUGCAUAAUCAGUGUGUACACGUCAUAUGAGAUGGGGAGAUAUCGUGGUUUUCGUGACGUUGCGUGACAGACAGCCGAAGUGGGGGUGGCCCGAAUAGCUUUUUUUUUUUUUUUUUACCACCAAUCGUGGAGGGCUGAUUGCAGAAUUGGAAUAAAAAAGUUUGGAGUGGCUUUACGCUAUAGCGCCCCUGAUUACUACGCGUACAUCUUGGAUCCAUUUAAUGUUUGCCCUUAGUGCGGCAUUAAUGAUCGCGCUUUUCAAACAUUUUCCAAGCCGCCAGGAAUAGGAGUCAUUUUACACUUGCAAUAGCGUGACAUCACGACUCCCAGUAUCGCGGCCUCUUGGAGGUGCUGGCCUUGCACCGCCUCCAUGGCUCCUUCGCAAGGAUGCGAUACCCAGCGGGGCACGUCACUGAUGACGCGUAAUCAAGCGAUUGGCACGUGACCGCAGUGACGCUGUCUCGCACCCGAGGCGGCCAUUCGACGACGUAGAACCCUUUGCCUCUCGAGGUGUAAGCUGACUCAGCGUUACGAUGUCGCCGUCUCGUGACUCUGGCAACCUUUAUUCUCUCAUUCAUCCGUCAAUCUCGACCAUUCAACGGCGCCUUUUCUGUGUCACAUCAUCUCUCGGCACGUGUUUAUUCGACCGCGUCAUCGAAUGCGGACGCUUGGCAGCGAAGCAGUCACCAACAGUGCUCUCGUACACAUCGUGUUCAUCAUCUGGGACCUCAUCGUAAUUUAUUAAACGACCAAUGCAUGGAUGGGCGGCUUCUGGGGGAAGAAUAAAGCACGCACAAGCGA